AUGCUUGUUUGGAGGUAUGGAUCUACAUUACGUCCCUGCAAAUGUCCCUUGUGUCGUCGACCGAUUAGUUUGCUGGUUCCUUCUGAAGAAACAUUGAGAGAUCGGAAUGACGACGCUACAGUUUCCGUGGUUCUUCGUGAUGUUGAAACUUACAAUCGGGUCUUUGGUGGACAGUCAAAUGAUUUAGUUCAGAGGAUGCGAGACCUUCCCUUUUUACUCCCAAGGUUGUUGCGAGAAAUGAUGGAUCCACAAAGAACGCUUCCACUUGUGAUCAGAGCUCGUGUUUAUAUUGCGUUGAUACUGAGUGCGGUUUACAUAAUCAGCCCAAUAGAUAUCAUCCCUGAAGGUGUCUUGGGGGUUAUCGGUUUACUAGAUGAUCUACUCAUAGCUCUGAUUUGUUUCCUCCAUGUCGCUGCUCUCUACCGAUCUGUUCUCUAUUUCCGUCAUGGUGGUUCAUAA